UACCACUUGCAGAAUACAUUAAAUAGGGUUUCACAAUUCCGUUUUGAACAGAAACCCAAAAGGCAGACUUAUGUGUGUAUGUCAUGGAUAUCAAUAGCAACCCUAAGUUCACAAACACCAUUUGGGAGCUUGGCAUGGCCAUGGAUCAAGGCCAUAUCCUCCAUGAUCCUCUCCCUCUUGAAACAUUAAUCUGGCCAAAUUACCCUCCCCCCCAAACCCAUCAUCAAAUAUCCUCUGCAACACCAACCCAAUUACCACCCACUAAUUCUCAUGUCUUCAGCAACCAAACAGUACUGGAAAACCAUCACCAGAUCAUGGAUGCAGAAGUAGAAGUACUAGAAGAACAAGAAGAUCAGGAAGAGCCAGAGGAAGAACUGGGAGCUAUGAAGGAGAUGAUGUACAAGAUCGCCGCGAUGCAACCGGUGGACAUCGAUCCGGCCACAAUCCGGAGGCCGAAAAGGCGAAACGUGAGGAUCAGUGAUGAUCCUCAGAGCGUGGCUGCGCGACACCGAAGAGAGAGGAUAAGCGAGAAGAUAAGGAUUCUCCAGAGACUCGUCCCUGGAGGAACCAAGAUGGACACGGCUUCCAUGCUGGAUGAAGCUACUCGCUACGUUAAGUUCUUGAAGCGACAAAUUCGCCAGCUCCAAUCGAAUCACCACCCACUUGGACGCGUUGCGAAUGGAGAUUGGCCGCAAAACAAAGCGCUUAGUUUCGCCACUGCCUCGUGCUCCAUGGGACCGCCAGGACUUGGCGGGUACGUCUUUGGAGGCGGCAGUGGUGGUGUUGAUCCUACAUGAGGUAAUUAGAGAAUAAAUAAUUAAUGAGGAACUGGGUAGUGAUUAUUGUGUUUUUAACUGGAAUUAAUAAAAACUUGAUAUAUUGCUGUGUAUAUAAGCAGUUUGGAGCCGGGGAAGAAAUUAAUUAAUUUAGAGACAAAUUGUAUUAAGGCCAGGGUUGGUUAAAUUAAGGUGGGAGGGAGUCAUCAGUCAUGUGAAGCUAGCUAGCAAAGGUUUGUUAGGAUUAUGUUGACUAAAGGGCAUCGGAACAAUCAUAACGGUUAGCUGGAGUUACGUACAUGCUUAUAUAUAAAUACUACUAUAUAUAUAUAUCCCUGUGCAGAAGCAGAAGCAGAAGCAGAAGCAGAAUAAUAUAUAAUAAUGAAGGAUAAAGGGAUUACGAGGCCUGACCGGAAAGUUUGUUUGGCCGACACCCUUCCGGGAUUAAAACAGUGACGUGAGGAGCCAUUUGAAUAUGAUUAUACCCCCUCUUUCGUCUCUCUCUCUCUCUCUCU